AUGGCCUCCGGUCACCAACGUGAUAAUAUUCGCCACAUCAUCAUUCCGCUCGAGCAGACGUCGACGAAUGACCCGGCAACGACGACAACGGCAACAUGUGGCGUGUGUCGGCGACCACAGUGCCAGCUGCACUCGCACAGAGCGUACCUCGCCCACAGGAGUCGCCGUGGCGCCAGCAGUGCCACGACCACGACCACGACCACGAAUCAAACAAUUGACCGUCUAAAUCGGCUCAAAGAGUCCAGACAACACCGCCCGAAGCUGCUUGAAACCAGCUACGCCCGUUCGUAUGCGUACACGAGGACGCCGCCCACGCUGGGCGCCGGCAGGCUGGAUGGGUUCCAUGACUUGCCCGUGACGGGGGGCCAUCGUGUGGACCUGCACCAGUCGGUGUAUAACUUGCUGCAUUCAAAGAUCGGAGCCGCGACCGCGUUUCCUCUACCCACUGGCCUCGCCGUCAACGACAUCGGUGGGAGCAUGAUCAUCCCCGUGCUGACCGACCGGUCGCUGUGCCUCAGUGUCAUCGCGGCGUGGAAAGCCGUGCAGUUCCUGAUGGGCCACAUCCCGGCCUUUGCCCACCUCGCCUACGAGACCCAAGCGCUGCAGUCGCUGCGCCAGACGUUGCUGCUGGACCAUCACCACCAUGACGGCUCCGACACCCCCGCCGUCACCGACGAAGCCAUCCUGGCUGCCGCCCUGCUGUGGGCCACGGCUGCUAUGUUCGCCCAGCCCGACGCGCUGCACCGCCACGCCGCGGGUGUGCGUGCCCUGGUCGCCGCGCGUGGGGGGCUCAGCGCCAUAGGCGGUGGCGGCGGGCGUGUCGGGUCGAUCGGCCAGGCGGGCUCCAUCCGGCAGAUGAUCCUGUGGGCGGACUUCCUGACCGCGCAGUUCCUGGGCGAGGACGUGAUCUUCCGUGACACGGACGAUCCUCCUCCGCCCUUGCCAGCCUCGCUGGCGAAAGUGGCCCGUUCCAUAACCGUCCCUGUGGCCUUCGACACGCUUAGUCCGGAGACGUUACGGGCUGUGCGCGACAUGAAACUCCUCCUCGUCUCGCACGACAGCGCCACGCGCACCGGCCGCGUCUCUAUCGCCGAGUAUAAGGCGCUCAUGGCGCUGCUGAACAAGAGCACGAUCGACCGUCUCGGCCUGGCUUACCGCCUGCGCGGCUCGCACUCCCUGGAUGAGACCGUCGUGCUGGCCAUGAACCUGCUACGCCUGACGGUGCUGUUCCACGCAGGCCCGCUGGUCGCUAUCGUGGUCGCCGCCACCGCGCGGCUGCGCAAGGCUCUGGCGCACACGACUAUGCUCGACGCCCCUUUUCUCCACGGCGGCGGCAGUCACGGCAACACCGGUGAUACGAAGAGGAAUCCGCACUCGGGCAACCGCAUUGACGUGUACACCUGGGCCUGCUUCGUAGGUCUGACCACUCCGUUCGACAGCGAGGACCGCACGCACUUUGUCGCGAUGCUCCGCGCCGCCCUGGCUCUCCGAUACAGGAACAAGGACAAGGGCAGAGAUAAGGGCCGAGACACCGGCUGGCCCGACGACUGGCAGCAGGAUACGCUGGAGAUGCUGCGCUCGUUCCUGUGGUCCGACGCGGUGCUGACGCCUCUGUACCCGACCGCGUGCCGGAUGGUCGAUGGACAUCUCGUGUCGUCCACCGGCGGUGGCACCGACGCUGAAGGCGACACUGGUCAGGAGAGAUGGUCACAUGCCGCGCCGGACAAAGUGUCGAGGGCGGGCGUGCGGUAA